GCCUGCAAAGGUUACUGUGACACGUAUGGUCCUCCCUAGUCUUUAAUGAAAGAUAAUCAUCUGUGGUAUGUGGGUAGUAAAGGGGGCCUGCAACAUGCAGAACAAAGGGGUGAUUCAAAGGCACCAUUAACAUGACUAUCUUAUGUGUUUUGGGCCAACGGAGUGGUGUAAAGUGGCCCAAAAUUCUCAAUGUUUGUUCUAGGAUAUUGUAAGCAGGCAAGAAUGUAAUGUUUGAAAAGUCCAUGCACUUUCUCUCUCAACUUGCAGACUUUUUCUUGUGUUGUUGGAGAGAGGGAGAGAAAAUAUAUGCUAUCUUGUGAAAUAGGUUCAGGGGGAGUGUUUUCACUGUGGGGGGUGUUUAGUUGCAGUUUUCUGAUGUGCAACAUUUUGUUGUCUGUAUGGCCAGCAAGGAUCAUUUCAGGAGAGGGACUGUGAACAAUUAAGAAUUGUUGGGGGGGGUGGUUUUGUUUUUGUUUUGUUUUUUCUCCCUAUAUUUUAAUAAUAAAUUCAAUGAUGGGUAAAUAUAAUGUAACCAAUAAUUCUAAAUGUGUACAAAUUUCUGUUCUAGAAAACUGGGUGACUUAGUUUUGCAUAAAAAGGACACGUGUAAAAUGGAUAUGUUAAUGCAUAUUGAGUAUUCUUUUCUUCCUUUUAAUUUCAUGAUUUGUGAAUUCAAGUAUCCUCUAAAUUGAUUCAUUCAGUAUGUGCUGAGAAGUUUUUUGUGGUCUUUACUGAUCAUUUUCACCUGUGUUCAUAAGUCAGCCUAAGGGGAUGGUCAGCAUUAUGCUGCUUGAUUGUUUGCCUUGGCCCUGCAAAUGAACCCAUUUUAAAAGCAUUCCUCAAAAAUGGGCUUGGGUGUUGACAUGAUGACAUGAAUGGAGCCUAUUCAUCACAUGCAAAUAUGUUUGCCUCUCCCCUCUGGACACACAUGUUGCUCUUGUUUGUUCAGCAGUGCUGAUUAGAGAGAAUGUGGAUGGGGGAAGUGCUAAUGGAUGAGACUGGCACUCGGUUGAUACCAUUGGCAUAUGUUCUUAUUGUAAUUAGAGGAUCUGACGAGCUUUUCUCCUGUGUUUCCAACGGGCCAUAUAUCAUGAGUUCAGCGGCUAAUGGCAAUGACAGCAAGAAGUUUAAAGGUGACAUCAGAAGCCCCGGUAUUCCGUCCCGUGUCAUACAUGUGCGCAAGCUUCCUGCUGACAUCAAUGAGGCGGAGGUCAUCUCUCUAGGCCUUCCCUUUGGCAAAGUCACCAACCUGCUCAUGCUGAAAGGAAAGAACCAGGCUUUCCUUGAGAUGAACACAGAGGAGGCAGCCCAGACUAUGGUCAGUUACUACUCCUCAGUCACACCAGUCAUCAGGAACCACCCCAUCUUUAUGCAGUACUCCAACCACAAGGAGCUGAAAACGGACAACUCUCCAAACCAAGUGAGGGCACAGGCAGCACUGCAGGCCGUCAAUGCAGUCCAGACUGGCAGCAUGGCCAUUGCUGGCGUGGACCCCACUGGUGCCACAGGCCCGAGCCCUGUACUCAGGGUCAUCGUGGAGAACCUGUUCUACCCAGUCACCCUGGAUGUCCUGCACCAGAUCUUUUCCAAGUUUGGCACUGUGCUGAAAGUGAUAACCUUUACCAAGAACAACCAGUUCCAAGCUCUUCUGCAGUUUGCUGAUGGGAUUACUGCUCAGCAUGCUAAACUUGCCCUGGACGGCCAGAACAUCUACAAUGCCUGCUGUACCCUGCGCAUCAGCUUCUCCAAGCUCACCAGCCUGAACGUCAAGUACAACAACGACAAGAGCCGAGACUACACACGCCCCGACCUACCCACGGGAGAUGGGCAGCCCGCCCUGGAGCAUCACGCCAUGGCAGCUGCUGCCUUCGCUACUCCCGGGAUCAUUUCGGCCGCGCCGUACGCCAGCGCCCACGCCUUCCCCCCGGCCUUCGCCAUUCAGCAGGCUGCAGGCCUGACCAUGCCUGGUGUUCCUGGAGCCCUGGCCUCUCUGGCCAUUCCGGGGGCCGCAGCGGCGGCCGCUGCAGCCGCAGGCAGACUGGGCUUCCCCAGCCUCUCCGGAGGACACUGCGUCAUGCUGGUCAGCAACUUGAACCCUGAGAGAGUUACGCCCCAAUGCCUCUUUAUUCUUUUCGGUGUAUAUGGUGAUGUUAUAAGGGUGAAAAUUAUGUUCAACAAAAAGGAGAACGCCUUGGUUCAGAUGGCUGAUGCCACCCAGGCUCAGCUAGCCAUGAGUCAUUUGAAUGGACAGAAGCUGUAUGGGCGGGCGCUGCGCAUCACUUUAUCCAAACACACGACUGUUCAGCUGCCUCGUGAGGGCCAUGAAGAUCAAGGCCUCACCAAGGACUACAGUAACUCUCCCCUUCACCGCUUCAAGAAGCCUGGCUCCAAAAACUACUCCAACAUCUUCCCUCCCUCAUCCACGCUACACCUCUCCAACAUCCCGCCUUCAGUUGUUGAAGACGAUCUUAAGAUGCUGUUUGCCAGCUCUGGUGCAUUGGUCAAGAACUUUAAGUUUUUUCAGAAAGACCGUAAGAUGGCCCUAAUUCAGAUGAGUUCAGUGGAAGAAGCAAUCGAAUCCCUUAUCGAGUUCCAUAACCAUGAUCUUGGCGAGAACCAUCAUCUUCGUGUGUCUUUCUCCAAAUCCACCAUUUGAGGAUGGAGACAAAAAAGACUGAGGCUGGAAUGACCAGUCACUUACAAACAUUAAGUAGAGAUUACUUCUCACUUUAAAGAGCCUUAACCACAAUAUACUUCCAGCAUUCCUCUAGUGAAUUUAUGAAGUAUAUAUAGUGGUUCAUAAUGACCAUUUAAAGUUUUUUUGGUGUGAGGAAUAUCAACUAUCCACUGAUGCCCCUCUUAAUUUCUUUUUCCCCUCCUUUCCCUGCAUUUUGUUCGGUCAGUUUGCAUCGGUGGACUCUUGCCUUCAACGGCAUUUGAACCUUUUUAAAGUACUGCUCUGCUUUUCUAGUGCCUUACUUUCUAAUCUUACAGCCAUUUCUGAGACCAUAAAAAUUCUCAUUGCCUGAAACCAAUGUUGACAAUGCUGUAGUUUACAAUCCAUUGGUGCACACUUGUGUAAUUUUACUUUGAAGUUAAGGUUUUGUUUCGUACAGCUGUAGGGCAUUGUGGAAAGUCAUAUAUUUUCCUGCUAGAGCUACAGUAUCCCAAUCGGCCCCCUAUCCUUACCACAUUCCCUGUUUGUUUGCUCAAGUCUUACCACAUAUACUGUAUCUAGAUCUAGACAUAGAAUGUUUACAUUCUUUUUUUUAAUUUAAUGCAAUCAUAUCUGUGUACAAAUCCAUUUAUGUGUAUUUGAAUUUUCAUACUGUUGGCCAUUGCAUGUUGGCCCUGGUCAGUGGCUCCUGUGCUACUGUGCCUGAUCUAUUUCUGUACCUUACAUAGACCUUAAGUAUUGACUUCAUAUAUGAUGAUUAUAUAAUGUUUUAUAACUAUUCUAUUGUAAUUCCCAAUAUAUUUUGUAUUCUUGUACCUUUUUAUGUGUACACUACAGCUUGAAACCAAAGGUUUUAUUCAGCAUAAGGAGAUGUGUAUUCUUCACACUUGUACUUUCAGAAAUGUCCAUUAGAAUGUCUAAAGUGAUUUCAGUUAAGAAAAGAAAAGGAAAAAAAUGUAUGUAGGGAUUCUCCUACUUCUAGAUUCAUACCAGUCAGUAUGUGUUUCUUUCUGCUCUGUGUAGUAGAGUGUUAGACAACUUGCUUAAGUUUGAGUUUUAGCCAUAUCUACUUAAAAAGAAAAAAAGAAAUCACAAGUUUGCCUCAGCUAAGAAAUAUGAGGCUUAGCUGUCAGUAGAUUCUCUCCACAUGAUGUUGGUUAAGCUGUCCUAUGAGUGUCUGGGUAGAGACACAUUGGUUCCUUUAUUUGUUUAAGAUGACCAUUUUGGGGGGGGGGGAGUUUUUAAUAUUUUUCAGACUGCAUGGAACAAUGAAUUGGCCUUUUUACAUUUUAAACCAAGAUUUUAGAUUUUGACUCUUAUUUGUUUUCUAAAAUGCACAGUGGUUUUUAGACCAUUAUUUUCCAGUUUUGUGAAAAUGGCAGGACCUUAUUAUGCAGCCCUUGCACAGCAUUUAAACAUCCUCAGUACACAUCAGCCUUUAUUUUAGUGCUUUGAUUUCCCUCAGGGGAAUAAAUGAGGUGUAAAUAAUAUUUUUGUACCACAAUGAUUAAAAAAGCAAUAGUUUGUGUUUUAUAUAUAUCUGAAAGCAGAUGUAUAUUUUGAUUACAGCUAUAGACCAUGAGCAUGCAAAGAAAAAAAAAGAAUUACACUUUUUGCAGAAACUCACGUUUCUUGUCAUUCCUUAAUAUGGUGUACUUUUGAUAUUGUCUUCAUUAAACAUUCGUUUACUCUGA